AUGGACUAUAAUUCCAGUUUUCCGUCAACGGCCCUGUGGCCUGGCCAGCCGCCCUCCUCUGAAAAAUCGAGCCAAAUUUUAAUACGCGAAUACCCUCAUCGAGCCAUUGCUAUCACCUCCCACUCCCAUGCCCUGAUCCUAAGGCACAGCACGACAACGACCGAGGCCAUAGCCAAUGGGUUACUGGCACCAUCGUCGUCUGUCCGUCCGCGUUCGAACACGUCCGACAAUGUUACAUCCAAGUGCAUGGUUGAGUUCUCUCCGACCUCGGACAAGCUGCUCGCCGACUACCGCCCGCUCACGUCACGACCCAUCUACGGAACGCUUGGGCUCAUAUCGAUCGGGCGCGACGUCUUCCUCUGCGUCGUGACCCAGGCCUCGCGUGUCGCAACUCUCCGGCCGGGCGAGACGGUGGAGAAGAUUGAGGCCGUGCAGUUUUUCUGCCUCAACUCGGCCGAGUACGAUGACGUCGUGGCGCUAGACCCCUACGAUCUGGACUCGGAUGCCGCAUCGGUAUACGGACAGGGUCUCGGGCGGAGGGAUGUGCCAGUGGAACACCCUUGUCAGGAGCUACAGAAGCUGCUUAGCAAUGGGACAUUUUAUUAUAGCACCGACUUUGACGUUACGAACCGCAUGCAGGACAGGCCGGCCGAUGCUGCGGAAUUCGAUAUAGAUAAUUUCGACGAGUCCUUCCUAUGGAAUUCUUACAUGAUCCGCCCACUCGUUCUGUUCCGGUCGCGACUGCAAAAGCGAGAGCGGGACGCACUGGAUGCCUCGAGGAUAUUGACCUCGGCGAUCCGCGGCUUCUGCAGGAGCUGGGCGAUACCACAAACCUCGGCACCGUUGAGUUCCGCCAAGACGGGCCUGCCCUCCUACUUGACUGUCAUAUCGCGGUUGUCAUGCAGAAGAGCCGGCACGAGAUUCAAUUCGCGAGGCAUCGACGACGACGGGAACGUCGCCAACUUCGUGGAGACGGAAACGAUAUACUGGAGCCCCUCAGGAGUGGUUUUUUCCUAUGCUCAAGUACGAGGCUCAGUGCCCGUCUUCUGGGAGCAGGCCGCUGGACUUCUGCCCAACCAGCAGAAGAUCACCAUCACGCGCUCAGCCGAUGGGACCCAACCGGCUUUCGACAAGCACUUCUCGGAAUUGGAACAAGCAUAUGGCGCAGUUCACGUCAUCAAUCUCCUGAGCGCUACCAAGCCCGGAGAGUACGAGCUCACUUCCCUCUACCGACUCGGCGUCCAGAACUGCCCUCUAAGUCGGCCGGGGGAGCGAGACCAUGCGUUGCUGAGGGAGACAGAGUAUGAUUUUCAUGCAGAGACCAAGGGCCCUCAAGGAUACGUUGCGGCAAACGAGAUUCGUCGGUACAUUGAAGAUUCGGCAGAUGGAUUCGCAUACUAUCUCGCCCAGGAGUCGGAUGAUGCAAGGCAGUCAACUGGUGGUCUGAAUGACCACAAACGGCGGCGCUAUGUUGUGGUCUUGCAGCAAGAGGGCGUCUUCAGGACAAACUGCCUUGAUUGUCUAGACAGGACAAACCUGAUUCAAACAAUCAUUUCGCAAAUGGCUGUGGAAUCUUUUCUCGGUCACCGAGGGGAGAGAGCUCUCUCGGACUUUUGGUCUCGGCAUGCUAACCUGUGGGCCGACAAUGGCGAUUCCUUAUCCAAAAUCUACGCCGGAACUGGCGCCCUCAAGUCCUCAUUCACCCGCACCGGCAAGAUGUCACUUGCUGGGGCCAUUGCCGAUGUCCGAAAGUCGGCUACCCGACUCUACCACAACAAUUUUACUGACAAGGCGCGGCAAAUCACAAUUGAUACCCUCCUGGGGAGGAUGGUUGGCCAGGCCCCUGUUAUCCUAUUUGACCCUAUUAGCGACUAUGUUGCCGGCGAGCUGCAGCAGCGGAGCAGCGAAUUCUCCUCGAAUAAGAAAAUCCACCUGCAAGUCCUGGUGGGGACGUUUAAUCUCAAUGGACGAACCGAUGGCAUCAACGAAGAUCUGUCUGCCUGGCUUUGGCCCUCCGACCUGGGGUCCAUCCAACCAGAAAUCAUCGCCGUUGGGUUUCAAGAAAUAGUUGAGCUCAACCCCCAGCAGAUCAUGAACAGCGACCCUACCAGGAAACAGCUGUGGGAACAGGCUAUCAAAAGAACCCUGGACCGGUACUAUAGCCGAGAGGGAGACGAGAAGUAUGUGUUACUGCGGAGCGGGCAACUCGUGGGCGCGGCACUGUGCAUCUUUGUGAAGGCGUCGGUGCUCCACAACAUCAAGAAUGUGGAGGGCAGUGUCAAGAAAACGGGCAUGUCAGGCAUGGCUGGCAACAAGGGGGCAGUUGCGAUUCGACUCGACUAUGCCAACACGCCCAUCUGUUUUGUGACGGCACACUUGGCGGCGGGGUUUGCGAAUUACGAGGAAAGGAACAGAGAUUACGCCACUAUCGACCAGGGCCUUCGGUUUCAGAGAAACAGAGGCAUAGCUGACCAUGACUCUGUGAUUUGGUUCGGGGAUUUCAACUACCGGAUUGGUCUUGGUUUGGAAACAGCGAAAGAGGCAGUGAAAAGGCGCGACCUCGAACGACUGUUUGAGAACGACCAGCUGAAUCUGCAGAUGGUGGCUGGGCUUGCUUUCCGAUUUUAUUCCGAGGCCCGCAUCACGUUCAUGCCGACGUACAAGUUCGAUGUCGGAACGGAUGAGUAUGACAGCUCGGAGAAAGCCCGCAUCCCUGCCUGGACAGAUCGCAUUCUCCGCAAGGGGUCAAACCUCCGCCAGCUGGCCUACAACUCGGCACCAUUACGCUUUUCAGAUCACAGACCUGUCUUCGCCAUAUUCGAGUGCACCGUCAGCAUUGUGAACGAGAGGCUACGGGAUAAAAUUAGCAGGGAUAUUUAUGAACGGCGAAAGGCCGAGGUUGGAGGAGACACGGCCAACCUGGCUGAGAAUGAAUCGGAAGACGAGGACCUGAUCGGAUACGAUGCCAUCGAGCCUGGUUUGCCGCCGGCAAGCUCCGACCGCCAAAAAUGGUGGCUCGAGAAUGGCAAGAUGGCAAGAUCUUCCAUCAACCCGCCAAGGCCCGACAACCCAACAUCAGAAAUUAUCCUGAACCCGAAGCGACCAACGAACCCUCAUGUACCAACUGAUGAGCCGGACUGGGUUAAUGUUCCCAGAUCCGAAUCCCGCUUGUCGUCCUUCUCUAGCAUGUCGACUUCGCCGUAUGAACACGUCAAUCACUCCAUGCUGCUCUCGUCCUCGGCGUCGAGCUCGGUGCCUAGAAAGCUGCCGCUCCCAUACGAUCCAUCAGCGCUGCCUGCUAAGGUCGGCAGGCUGCAGAUCAGCGAAGACGCAAAGACGCUCCAAGCGGUCUCAGCACCGCCCCCGCCUCCGCCACGGAGACAAACCAGCAUAGGUCUCGGGUUGGUGUCCAACUCUCCAACGCCCUCGAUCCAGCAGAAGCGAAAGCCGGUCACCAAAUCAACAACGCCCGCUCCGCCUCUCGGGCCAAAGCCUGCCGUAUCUCAGGAGCAUUCUGUCAAACACAGGAGCCCACCGCCAGUGGCCAAGAAGCCCGCGCAUCUCACAGGCCCAGUCUCACCGGCGGGUAGUAUCAUGUCAGCAAGCCUCGGAUUCGACACGACACGGAACCGUCUGGAAAUGACGCCGCCGUCGCCAGCAGCAACGAAGAAUGACGGGGCGAUCCCGACACCGAGAUGCGAGACGCCGCCGUCACCACCACCGCAGCUUCCCCGACGCACCAACACCGGCAGCCGCACGAGCGUGGUUGCCUCAAAUGGAGGAAUAUCGCUUACAGGUCUGGCGGCAGCGGCAGCAGCGCAGGAACGGAAACCGCAGCUGCCGGCUAGGAAGCCGACCGUUGCUGUUCCGGUUUCUGCUUCUCUGGCGCACACACAACAGAAGCAGGCGGCUGUGCGGCCGCCGCAGCCGCCAACUCAUAGGAAGGCGCCGGCGGUGGAUUUGCUUGGGGAUGAUGAAGGGAUGGAGAUGGGGGCGUGGGAGGCGUUGAAGCCUUCGUGA